AUGAUCCCGUUACUCAGAUUACCCAACGAGCUGUUACUCCUGAUAAGCACGAAAUUGGAAUCCGAGGAGGAUCUCUCACACCUACUACAGGCGAACCGUCGUCUAUACGACCUUCUUCUUCCCCGUCUCUAUCAACAAAAUGUGAAGCUCUGGAAAAGCGAGGGCUUGGCUAAUUGUGCCGCGACUGGGAAUGAAAGAGGUGUACGGCAUUUUCUCUACUGGGGGGCCUACGUGGAUGUCCAAGUUCUGUCCACGAUUCGAAAGAAAACGGAUCGCUUCAUUCCACCCAUGUCUCUACAUACUAUGUUCUCUGGUAGGCGACCUACGAGUCAAGCCAGGAAUCCGUUUAUGGUUCCGCCUAGAGCUCUACUCAAGGUCGAAAGCCAGACACCCCUGAGCAUAGCCGCGCAUGCUGGACAUGAUGAUAUAGUAAGGCUGCUUCUAGAGCAUGGUGCUCAGUUGAACGACUGCGUGGGAAAAGAAAUAUGGACCGGACCAAACAAUCCCGCGGUCGGGGCUCUUCUCGCGGGCCACGAGAGUGUCUUCAGGAUCCUUCUUGAAUGGGGGGCUCAGAAAGAAGGGCCUAAUCUGUUGUACGGAGGGUUGAUCAACUGUGCAGUAGCUUCCGGUCAAAUGCCGAUGCUGAAGCUUCUCAUCGAAUUUGGGGUCGAUACCAACGCCGAAGUUAACGGAAUGUGUCCAUUGCUUUGGGCUGUGCGCAGAAAGCCAAACUAUGCAUCCAUGGUGGAGGUGCUUCUCGAUAAUGGAGCGAACGUUGCCUUGGUUGAUAAUGAUAGAGCGAAAUUGCUAUUUGAAGCAAUUAGCCGUGGAACCGUCGACACAGUCCGUUUGCUUCUAAAACAUGGAGCAAACUGUCACGAGAGCGUGCUCCACGGGGCUAUAAGAGAAUCUACUCUCGAGACCGUCCGCCUGCUUCUAGAUCACGGAGCUCAUGUUAAUUUCGAGUCCAUCACGCACGCUGUGAUCUCCCGGAAUUGCGACAUACUGGAGCUGCUUAUUGACUAUGGAUUUGAUUUAAAUUCAAGGGGUUAUAAAGGUUACACUAUUUUGCACUACGCCAUUCGCUGCAGUGGAAUGCCUUCCCAUAUGCCCUCAGAUGGGGUGAUAUCCGGCUACUUGGUUCAACCGGUUUUCAAGUGUCCAACGGGACCUGAUCCACCGCAUGUUUCAGCGUAUUGCCGACGCAGAAGAGGGGAUCACAGCACCGCGGAAGAUAUCGUGAGGUGUCUUAUCCGACGUGGUGCGGAUGUGAAUGCUAUGAAUGGGAUGAGGGAAACGCCGCUUUACCUUGCUUGGAAAUAUGCUUCCCCUGCUGUGCAGCAUUUACUGUUGGAACAUGGAGCUGAUUGGACUGCUAUGUUGACGAUAUACUGA